CUCACUGUUCCUAUGGAAUGCUGAAUCUGGAGAAUACCCAUUUGGCAACCACUUGAUCUACAUGGAAAAACCUCAGAUUUUUGUGUUUUGGGGGGACGAAACCCUUACUAGGGAGGCAAUGUGAGGCAAAGUUUGCAGCUUUUUGUAAGGUCCUAUGAUGGUGGCUGCCAUUACUGAAGACACAUUGAGCUCGCCAAGGCAACAGUUACCUUCAGAGAAAGACAAUGGCAGCAUACCCAGAAGACCCAAAGGGAGGCAAGUCUCUUCAAGGUACAUGUCACCUUCAACAACUUCAUCAACAUCAUCAUCAUCAUCAACAACAACAACAACAACAACCUCUUCUUCUUCUCGUAGAUUCCCAUCUCCUCUUCUCUCACACUCUACAAAUUCCGCAACCCCAGUUGUGCCGAAGCGGUCCCAAUCUGUGGACCGCCGGCGACCACGACCGGCCACCCCUCUUCCCGAGGCGGCGAAGCUUCUAGUAACUUCUACACGGAGCUUGUCGGUCUCCUUUCAGGGGGAGGCCUUUUCGCUUCCCAUUAGCAAGACUAAGGCCUCCGCCGCGGCCGCCGCUACACCGGCUUCGAGGAAGGCGGCGACGCCGGAGCGGCGGAGGUUGACUGCUGGAAGUGUUAGAGGAGAUCAGGGGGAGAACUCUCGACCGGUGGAUCAGCACCGGUGGCCAGGGAGGAGCCGGCGGGUCAAUGAUCUUACGAGGAGUGUGGAUUGUGGUAGUGGUGAUAGUGAUAAGAAGAAGGUUGUUGGGAAUGGAUAUGGAAAAGUGGUUCGUGCUUUGCAGCAGUCAAUGGUGGUGGAGGGUGGUGGUGGUAGAAGAAGGGCUUCUUUUGAUGGGUUAGGGGGUUUGAGUUUGGAUUUGGGCAAAGCUGAGUUGUUGAAGGGUGAUGUCAAUGUCAAUGUGAAUGUGAAUGAUUCUACCUUGCCUUGUGAUCUCACUGCUUCUGAUACUGAUAGUGUUUCCUCUGGUAGCACUUCAGGAGCACAAGACUCUGUUGGGACUCGAAGGGAACCCCGUGGCAUUACUGUUUCUGCCAGGUUUUGGCAGGAAACUAAUAGCCGCCUGCGCCGCUUGCAGGAUCCCGGUUCACCAUUAUCAACAAGCCCUUCUUCAAGAAUCACUGUCCCAACAAAGAAUGCUCAAUUGAAAAGGUAUAAUACUGAUGGUACAGUGUUAUCCCCUCGAACUAUGGCUUCUCCAAUCAGGGGAAAUGCGCGUCCUGCUUCGCCCAGUAAACUUUGGGCAUCUGCAGCAUCCUCCCCAUCAAGGGGGAUUCCUAGUCCUGCUAGGGUGAGAAGUACAGUUGCCAGCUCCAUCAAUAGUAAUUCUAGUAAUACACCUUCAAUUCUUAGCUUCUCUGCUGAUGUGCGGAGAGGCAAGAUAGGGGAAGAUCGAAUAUUUGAUGCGCAUACCUUGAGGCUUCUGUAUAACCGGUAUGUACAGUGGCGAUUUGUUAAUGCAAGGGCCGAUGCUACCUUUAUGGUGCAGAAACUGAAUGCAGAGAGACAUUUGUGGAAUGCGUGGGUAACAAUCUCAGAACUUCGGCAUUCAGUCAUACUUAAAAGAAUCAAGCUGGUAUUGCUGAGGCAAAAGUUGAAGCUAACUUCCAUUCUUAAGGGACAGAUUUCUUAUUUGGAAGAAUGGGCCCUUCUAGAUAGAGAUCACUCCAGUUCUUUGCUUGGAGCAACUGAAGCUUUGAGGGCCAGUACCCUGCGUCUUCCGGUUGUUGAAAAAGCAACAGCUGAUGUACCAAAUCUAAAGGAUGCUUUGGGGUCAGCAGUUGAUAUAAUGCAGUCAAUGGCGUCCUCUAUAUACUCUCUUUCAUCAAAGGUGGAAGAAACUAACUGCUUGGUGGCUGAAAUCCUAAAGGUGACCUCAAAGGAAAGGUUUUUACUUGAACAAUGCAAGGAUUUUUUGUCCUCUUUAGCAGCCAUGCAGGUCAAGGAUUGUAGCUUAAGAACACAUAUGUUACAACUUUCUCGCGUACCGACUUCCAGCUGCCUGACAACACAUGUGUAGAACUGAUCUUAUCUGACAACAACUCACUCUUAAUGCUAACACUACUCCCAGCCUUUUAUUUUCCACGGGGUGGAGAUAACACAGAAGGUAAUAAGAAUGGAAUGAAGUUAAUAGCUGGUUUUUGGUGCUCAUUUGACAUUUUUGAAACCCGUUAUGGUCUUGUAUUGUAUGUCUUGUGUGUAGUAUAUCUUUUGUAUCUGAAUAUUACAAUUUACAAAGGAAAAAAAAAGUGGCUUUUCUCUCACUAGUUAGCUAGCUGUAUACAAUUACCUUGUCAUUUGAGGAAAAGCGAGUG